AUGAAUUUUGUAAAUCGCCAUUUUGACGCGAUACAAAAAGAACGUGGUUAUAUCAUUUCCCAUCAAAUUGUUGAUUUGACUAUAAACUUCUCCGACGAAUCAUUAGAGGGAUUCACCGAACUUUUACUGUAUCCACUUACUGAAGAUAUCUCAAUUAAACGUAUAACGGUAAAUGACUUUGACGCGCCUUUUGAUAUUCCUUUUAUACAUUAUGAAACUGAGAAAAAGUCGAAUAUCGGACAUGAAGGCGAACUUAUGAUUCCUGUACCUAAAGAAAUAGUUGAGAUUAUGCAAACAGAUGAACAAGGAUUAAUAAAACCAUUCAAGGUUCGAGUGGAAUACAAGUUAAAACAACCUCAAUCUGGUGUACAUUUUGUACAUCCUGAUCCAAAUCGUGAAGUAAAUAAAUCUAUACUUGAUCCAUAUGUCUUUACUGUUAACCACCCGGUAGGCGGUGUAACAAGAUAUUGGCUUCCAUGCCUAAAUCGAUUCAAUGAUAAAUGCACAUGGGAAUUGAUUUUUACUAUUAAAGAUGUUGAAGGUUAUGAUGAAUUGAGUGUUGUUGCCAGUGGGAAAUUAGUUAAAGUGGAUCGCUCUCUUGAUAACCCAUACCAAAGGACAUUUUAUUAUGAACAAGAUGUUGCCGUUCCGGCGCAGUUUAUUGGAUUUGCUUGUGGACCUUUCACCAAAAGCAGAAAUUUACUGUAUCAAGGUGAUGUUAUAUCACCUCAAGAUAGGCCGGAGAUUAAAGUUUUUAUUACUGAACGGUUAUCAGAAUAUCUUGAGCCAACAAUGUUACCCAGCGAAAGUCCUAAUAUGAGCAAAUACUGGGUAUCUGAUAUAAUAAAUUGGUUUAUAGAAAAAUUUCCUUUUUCUGUACCUAAUAAUAAUUCGCAUCAUUCAAGUUCAUCUUAUCCAGCCAUAAAAGAUCUUUAUUUUCCUUUUAAAGCACUAAACAUAGCUUUUGUUGAAGGCUCAUAUCAUGAUAUUUCGGUUACUGCCGGUCUCAUUAUUUGCAAAUCAAAAUUGCUGCAUAAUUAUCGUAUAAUUGAACAAAGAUUUGAAACCAUGCAGUUUAUAGCGCAUGCUAUAGCUCAGCAAUGGUUUGGUAUUUUUCUUUCGCCUCACAAAUGGUGUGAUUUAUGGUUAGUCUUUGGUCUUUCGUAUUAUUGGGUUGAAAUGUAUUGCGAAACAAUAUUUUCUGAGGAUAAAAUAAGAUUAGAUCGUAAAAAGAGAAUUGAAUCAGUUGUUCAAAGAGAUGUCAAUCAAUACGCAAUAUGUUCAGAUAAAUGGAAUUUUCCUCUGACAGUAGGAAACUUUGACUUUAUACGAUCCAAAGCGUCCCUCGUUAUUUGGAUGUUAGAUAAACGUUUAUUAUUACUUGGUUAUUCCCGUAAAAUGGCAGGCUUGAUUUAUCUUAUCUUAUCCGAUGCAAAAUCUUCGUUAGAGAAGAAUAAACUUCAAGGUUUUCUCAAUACACGAGAUUUUUUGCUAUUAUGUAAAUUUGUUAUACGUCAGGAACUUCAUAAUGAAAUUAAUUCUUUUUCACGUCAAUGGAUCUAUGGUUCUGGUUGUCCUAUAUUUAAAAUUGCUUGUAAAUUCUCUCGGAAAAACUUACUCGUUGAAUUUGAUAUUGAGCAAAGGAAUACAAAUUCAGUUUUGUCAAACAAUUCAACAAAAUUCAUUUUGAACCCAGCUUAUUUCACGGGAAAAUUGGAAGUAUCAGUAAAGGAACCUGAUGGCUAUGAAUAUAUUAAUACAUUAGAUAUCCAUAAGGCGCAACAAAUCGAGACAAUCAAUUAUCACACAAAAUAUAAGCGUUCCAAGGUUAUUAUUAAACCUCGCAUGGUGAGAAAAGAAGGCAUUAAUGACAAUGAGGAAGUGGCUUAUAUGCGUGAUAUAAUUGCCGAAUAUAUGGAAGAGGACCUUCCCGAGUUUUUUGGUUUAGAUCCAGAAAAUAAUGUUGAAAACGAAUGGAUGAUUUACGAAUGGGCCGACGAUCCAGCGGCUCGUAAUGCCAGCGAACAAUGGGAAUAUAUUCGAAUUGAUCCAGAAUUUAGUUGGCUUGCAAAAUUUGAGUUCUCACUAGCUCCAUACAUGUGGGCAAAUUUAUUAGAAGAGUCAAUUGACGUAAUUGAUCAUUACAAGGCUAUUCAAGCUUUAUCAAAGUAUAAUAGUAAAGCUGCCUCGACAACUCUUAUGCGAACUGUCAAUGAUUUUAGAUAUUUUUACGAUAUACGUAUAGAGGCAUCAAAAGCAUUGUCAAAUUUUGGAUUGGACGAUGUAGAAGGAAUUGGCACUCGCCAAUUACUGAAACUCUAUGAAAGCAUUUACUGCGAAAAAAAUGAUGAUGGUGAAUACAUUCCAUUACCAAACAAUUUUGAUAGCUGGGAAAAAUAUUAUUUACAAAAGGCAAUGAUAGUUUCCAUUUCCCGUUUACGAGACUCGAAUAAUUUGGCUCCACUUGAGGUCAAGAAAUUUUUGUACAAAAGACUGAAAUGGAAUGAUAAUUCAAAGAACUAUUAUUCAGAUGACUAUUUGAUUAAUGUACUUAUUCGAAGUUUAGCAAAUUCUUUUGCAAAUAUUAAUAAUAAUGAUAAGAAUAGUAAAAAUAAUAAGGACACAUCUACAUCUGGAGAAGUCUUUUAUCUUUCACUUGAAGAUCAAGAAUAUAAAAGUGAAACCAUAAAUAUAAUUGAGGAAAUUCUGCGUAGAGAUAGAUCUCUAGGAUCUUAUAAUGACAUUAUCCUUGAGGGCAUUUUAUGGGCCAAAUCGUUUUUAAUGAUGAAUCAAGUAAUCGAUAAAAACAAGCAUGAUUUUGUUUAUUAUGCCAAAGUAGGGAAUUAUUAUGGUGUCAGAAAAGUUUCUAUAAAAGCUUUGUGGAUCCUUGGCUAUUGCAAAGAUGAUUUUGAAGUUGGAAGUUUAUUAUACAAUCUCAGCAUAUCAGACCCUGACCUUGCCAUUAGGAAUUAUAUAAACACUUUAUACGGUGCGGAUCAGGGUCUGAUUAGACUCGAAUUUCCAAAGAAGGAUAUGUCAGGCUCUACAAGAUUGAAGCUCAAAUUUUCAAAGUCAUCAAAUCCUAUGAAAAGUUUCUCUAUACCUUUAGAGUAUGAAGAGGAAAUCAAAAUUGAAGAUUCGGAGGAUUCAUUAUCCAAUGAUAAUACGAUUGAAGAAGGUCAUCGUCAUUCGAAAACAAAAACUCAUAAACACAAAAAGUCACAUUCUUCGAAGACCAAAAAAGAGAGUAAGGAGUCCAACAUUGAACCCGAGGCUAUUAAACAGCUAAUCGCUACGAUUGAGGAGAGCUUAAUAGAAACGGAAGCAGCAGUCCCUUCAAAGAAACGGAAAAAGAAAAGCGAAAAGUCAAUUGAUACUCCUGUACAUAUUUCCUCAAGAAAACGAAGAUCAGUUCCAGAGGUUGAGGAAAUAAUUGAGAUCGAAAAAAAGCCGAAGAAGUCAAAAAGACCUAAGAAAUAA